GGCCCCACGAGCGUCAAUCUGCUCAGGCUUCCAUUUCCUCGAUCCUUCCACUCCACCUGCGUUCGCCAUUGUCGCCGCAGCUGUCACUCGUUCACCUGGCUUUUUAUAUGUAAUGAAGUAAUACGGAUGUUUCUAAGAGAUCUUUGGGCUAUACUAUGAGACUCGUUGUACAAUGGCUCCCCCUUUUCUUGUGUUGCUGGGCAUGUAGUGUGGGAGCUGCUGCUGAUUGCUCAGGCUCUUUCGCAAUCAACAGUUCAGACGACGUCACUACGCUUAAUCAAUGUACGACAUUCACCGGAAACGUCUCGGUCGCAGGGAAGGGGAUCGAGGAUAUCACACUCGACGGCCUGAAAACAGUCACGGGAACAUUCAAUAUCGCCGACUCGGACAGUGUCCUAUCAAUAUCGUCAACAACACUGGAGUCGGUUUCGGCGUUGAUACUGAACAACCUUCCCAAGCUGACCACCCUUACGCUGCCCGCACUUACGAAUUUCUCGAAGCUGGACUUCACUGGACUCACUUCUCUGAAAGGAUGCGAGAUUGCGACUGGAGCCCUCAAGCAUGACGUCAACGAUAUCAGUAUCAUCAACACGGCCCUUGAGAACAUGGAUUGGCUAAAAUGGCCCGUAGCGACAACCCUGACCAUCGCUGCCAACAUGAAGCUCACCGACUUCAGCUUCCCGUACGAUAAGAUUAGCGCUGGUAGUUCGUACCAAAUCUCGAUCAACACAGCAUUGACCAAUCUGGACGUUUCGCAAUUGACGGGGAUCUACGGCAGUCUGGCAACCAACGGCAACAACGAUCGAUCGUUGAACUUUGACAAGCUUGAAACCAUCGAUGGCUAUGCCAGACUGAGCGGGCCCUUCUCAAACAUCACAAUGCCCCAUUUAACAUCUAUCAAUGGAGCGCUCAGGGCAGAUUCGACCGUGGACAUCCUCAGCUUCUGCAACUGGCUGAGUGUCCAGGACCAAUUGUACGGACACUAUGAUUGUACAGCCAACAGCACAGACCCGACCAUAUCGUCCACAGUAUCAAAGUAUCCAUCGUACACAGCUGGACCGGCACCAUCCGUGGCUACAAGCGGCACAUCGGGUGGCGGCAACAAUAGCAAAGACAACAAAUCGGACCUCUCCACUGGUGCUAUAAUCGGUAUUGCCGUCGCAAUGGUCGUCCUUAUUAGUGUAAUCUUGACGACUACAGCAUUGUUGUUUCUCCGUCAGCGCUCACGCAACAAGGCACAACAAGUUGCUGCUGCUAUGCCUGAAGAGACGAAGACCCACAGCACCUCGACGUUGGGCGAAGAGUUGGACGCAUCAGGUAUACGUUAUGAACUUGGAGGGGGAAAUACAACGCAUGAGCUACCUGGGGCAGGGCCAGUGAGAGAACUCGAUAGCCAGAGUAUGCAAGAGCUGGACUGCGAGAAACCGUAUUUCAGGGACCAGAAGCCUGCGCCAGACAGUCCGAUAGGAAGGUUCGAAUUACAGUGAGCGGAGCCCAGAGUUCUCAAGCACUAUACAGAAAAUAAUGAUUAAAUGUACCUCAUUAUCUCUUUACU